AUGGUGCAGCGCCUGACGUACCGCAAGCACAUCCGCUACAACACCAAGGGGAACAAGCAGAGGAAGGUGAAGACGCCAGGCGGUAGGCUGGUCUUCCAGCAGCUCAAGAAGAAGGCGUCGCCACCCUUGUGCGGCGACUGCGGAAAGGCGCUCAUCGGCAUCCCCUGCCUGCGCCCGAAGGAGUACCGGCUCUUGAAGAGCCGCGAGAAGCGCGUGAACCGGGCGUACGGCGGCUCGCGUUGCGCAAGCUGCGUGCGUUCGCGCGUGAUGCGGGCGUUCCUCAUCGAGGAGCAAAAGUGCGUGAAGCAGGUGCUGGCGGAGAAAAUGUCUCAGAGCAAGGAGAAGGAUGCGCCCAAAAAGAAGAAGUCCAAGGCCUGA